AUGAUGUUCAUGCUGGUUGGCAGCUCGCUUCUAAUCCUAGCAGUUUCGGUGGAUUCCCGCUGCGUUGUAACAUUCUCGGAAAGAAGUUCCGGCAUUGGCGUCCAGAUCACCACCUUUAACAAUGUCCGAUACUGUGAAUAUCGCGGAGUUCGGUACGCGACAGCUGCCCGAUUUGAGGACCCUGUCCUGCACAAUCCGAACGGUCAAGCACAGUACAAACGGGAAGGCAGUAGUUGUCCACAGAUGAACGAGUUUUACCACCAGCAAACGACUUCGGGAGAUGAAGAUUGUCUGUUUAUGAACGUUUUUGUCCCACAGUAUGAUCGCAAGAAGGCUGGUUUUGGUGGUUUUCCAGUGCUGGUGUUCAUUCACGGUGGAAGUUUCCAGAUUGGAUCAGCUAGUUUUGAAUUCGAUAGAGCGGAUCUGCUUCUCGAGAAACAAAUAAUCGUAAUAAGCAUCAACUACCGACUUGACGUUCUGGGAUUUCUGCACUAUCCACUGUUUAAUAUUACGGGAAAUUACGGAUUGAAAGAUCAGCAAGCUGCCCUGAAAUGGAUCAACCGAUAUAUCAAGUUCUUUGGCGGUGACCCCAACAAAAUAACACUUAUGGGUCAAAGUGCCGGUGCUGCAUCGGUCAGCUAUCAUCUGUAUUCCGAUCGUUCACGAGGAUUAUUUCAACAAGCUGCCCUUCUCAGCAGCAGCUCCUCGAUCGCAACGCAAGUGAUUUCAUUGAGCUGAAUUAUUGGCAGGGUGCUUAUUUUUUCAAUCGUUACAACACUUGGCCCCUUCCAACCGCGGAGGCAGACGACGAUCCAAAUCCAUUUCUUACGGCAUCACCCCAGGAAUUGAUAAUCCGGAAGCGAGCUUU